AUGAGGCGAGGUCGCUCUCCAAACUCGCCCUCGCCCUAUAGGGCACUGGCCCAUCACCAGCAGGCCUCAAAUUCUGGAGCUUCGUCCGACUCUGUCUCUUUGAUCAGAUCCUUCAAUGUCGAGACAAACCCUACCCGACCCGUCCGACCUUCGCCGCUUACAACAUCUCUCAUUCGAGAUAUGCCACUGGAUUUGGUUGACCGGAUCAGAUCGUUCCCCCUUUUCAUGUCUGCUCCAGAGGAAUUCCUCGUUGCCAUCGGAAACCAUCUGAAGCCGCAGAUCCAAAGCCCCAAUGAUCACAUUGUGACAGAGGGCGACGAUGCGAAGGCAAUGUACUGGCUAGUUCGCGGCGUAGUUGCUGUGACGUCACGGGAUGGCGAGGCUGUGUACGCGGAGCUCAAGGCGGGAGCCUUUUUUGGUGAGAUUGGCGUCCUUAUGCAGAUGCCGCGCACGGCAACCAUUAUUGCCCGAACGAAAUGUCUCCUGCUGGUGUUGAAGAAGGAAGACUUGCAUACUGUUAUGCCAAAAUUUCCCGAGAUGGAGAAGGCUAUCCGGGAGGAGGCACAAGAACGACUGAAUCUUCUUAAAAAGAGAAGACAAGAGGGUGGCAAGUUGCUCAAGUCUCCCAAAGGAGAUUUCAGUGCCAGAGAAGCUGCCCCUGGCGAAGUAUCUACAGGGGAGAGGGGUGCUAUCAGGGACGGUGCCGUGGUCAAUUCCAAGAAGAGAAAGUCACCGAGCCCAGGGAUUAUCGAGGACCCUGCUGCUGGAAGCGCAAUUGGCAGUGGCCAAAUCAACAUUCGAACGACGCUUAAGGAGCUGCCGCUCUUCUCAACUCUUCCAGCCGACAUUCUGCACUUUCUUGGACUUAGUGCUCAACCAAAAACCUAUACGCCUUUCUCAGAUAUUGUCCGCCAGGGGCUUCCAGGCAAUGAGAUCUUCUUCAUCGUUCGUGGUGAAGCUGAAGUAAUCCACGACGAACCAAUUGUCAACGAGGGAUUCCAAGGCAAUACUCGAUUUCCCCAGAAGAGACCACGGUUGAAAGCAGGGCAAUACUUUGGAGAAGUUGCGAGUUUGGGCCUCUCUCGCGGUAGGACAGCCACGGUCCGGGCUAUCACGACUGUCGAGUGCAUCAUGAUCACCGGUGAUGUGCUUGAUGAAUUCUGGAGACGAUGUCCUCCAGAUAUCAAGUCGCAGGUUGAAGAGACAGCGCGCCUUCGAUAUCAGAAGCAAAGCGACGAUGUUGAUAUGGCUGACGCCGACGUCAGAGAAAAGGCCAACAAGUCUGAUCCGUCGACUCCUACCACGCCUACGCGAGCGACGUUGCCAGGGUUGACCUUCACUACACCGUCCAAGCCGACGUCCCCGGCGAAGGACGAUUCUGGCACUAUAGAACCUAAGGACCCUGAUCCGUUUUUGAGUGUCAACAUGGAGAAUAUUAGGAACCGCCGCCGUCACUCGUUGGCGCCUCCAAUUCCACCAACUGACAGUUCUGGAACUACCACUAAUGGAGUGAGAUCUGGUUCUCGCCUUUCAGAGGUGACACCAAUCAAGUUUGCGUUUACCGAGGCCAUGGAUAGCGACGAUGUUCCAGCGAAGAGAGUCAGGACGACCUUACCUCGGCGACCCCUUACGAUGAGCAAGCCUGUGCUUUCAGAUGAGAUCUUGAUCUACAUUUUCAAGCAUGUCGAUAUUGGGGAACUAUUCCGGCUACGACUUGUCAGCACCCAUUGGCGCAAGCUGCUGACAACUUCACCCAAAGUUUGUCAGAAUGUCGAUCUCUCGAUUUACAACCGCAGGGUUACCGAUGAACUCAUUGUGAAGGUGCUUGCUCCCUUCAUCGGUACCAGAGCUGUGACCAUUGAUCUCAAUAAUUGCUUCCAUAUAACUGAUGAGGGCUUUGGAGCUCUUUGGCGAAAGUGCGGCAAGAACGUCAAACGAUGGAAGAUGAAGUCGGUUUGGGAUGUUUCAGCAAACCAGAUUUUGGAGAUGAGUGAGAAUGCAAAGGGAUUGGAAGAGGUGGACUGGAGCAACUGUCGCAAGGUUGGCGACAACCUCCUAGGCCGCGUCGUAGGCUGGGUGGUACCUGAUCCGCCACCUUCUGCGAAGCCACCUCCAUCGAAGCAGGUAGUCAUCUCAAGCUCAACGGCUCGUUCGAGGAGCAAGGCACAACAACAGCAACAGAAGCAGGCCGCGCCUACGAUACUUCCACCGGGUACCGUGGUUGGCUGCCCGAAGUUGAAACGGCUCAACCUCUCGUACUGCAAACAUAUCACGGAUCGGUCAAUGGCUCAUCUCGCUGCCCAUGCAUCGAAUCGCAUCGAGUCCUUAUCUCUCACUCGAUGUACAUCGAUCACUGAUGCAGGGUUCCAAUCUUGGGCACCAUUCCGAUUCGAAAAGCUGUCUCGGCUUUGUUUGGCAGAUUGCACCUAUCUGUCGGACAAUGCGAUUGUUGCCCUAGUCAAUUCGGCUAAAAAUCUCACUCAUCUGGAUCUGUCGUUUUGUUGCGCCCUCUCUGAUACAGCAACUGAGGUGGUGGCUCUUCGUCUCCCUAAGCUGCGGGACCUGCGGCUAGCAUUUUGUGGAAGCGCAGUCAGUGAUGGAAGCUUGGAGAGCGUUGCACUUCAUCUGAACGAUCUUGAAGCUUUGAGUGUACGUGGUUGUGUGCGUGUUACAGGACGAGGAGUUGAGAAUGUCCUUAAUGGCUGCGGACGGCUCAACUUGAUGGACGUCAGUCAAUGUCGAAACUUGGAGUCUUGGCUGAGGGCUGGCAGCGUUGCAAACUGGGGCUUUGACGAUCGAGCUGGUCAGCGGCCAAGGGCGGGCGUCUCGAGCGAGAGUGGUGAGGGCGAAGAGGAAUUGCCUGCACCAAAGGCUAUGAGCGUCGCGAUGCUCACGUCGCAAAACUUUAUGCCGCGGUCGGCGUUCGGUUACAGGGCAAAGAGGGCUCGGCGACCUGGCCCUGCGCGCAUUGCGCAGCGGCUUCCUGUGCUCUCCAAAUCUGCCGCCGGCUUGAUUCGAAGCUUCCACGUCCCGGCAAAGCCGACCCCCAACUUCUUCACCUCCCGCAUCACAUCAGCGACCACACGCAAUGCUUUCCAGCGCGGCGGUCGCGCCGGAGGUCGAUCAUACUACCAGGAGUCUGCGCGAACUGCCGCUGCUCCCCAGACAACGACCCGAAGGCUUCUCGUUGGCGGUGCCAUCUUUGGUGGUACACUCGUCGCCGUGAAUGCCGUCUUCAACCGGGAGACUCGUGAGGAUGGCGGCAUGCCCGUCUACGAGCGCGAGUACCUCAACAACACCUUCCUGCAUACCGGACUCGGAAUUGGUAUCAUCGGCUUGACUGCCCGACAGAUGGUUCAGACCGGCUUUGUGUACCGAAUCAUGGUGACAAACCCUUGGGUUGUCGGUAUUGGUGGUCUUGCGCUCAGCUUUGCGACCAUGAUUGGCACCCGAUCUAUUAGCCCUGACAACUAUAUCCCCAAGUACGCCCUCUGGACCGCUUUCAACGCCACCCAGGCUGCCUUUGUCGCCCCUCUUCUCGCUUUCGUUCCCGGUGCCCUCAUCGCCCGUGCUGGCCUCUACACUGUUGCCAUGAUGGGUGGUAUCUCGAUUGUCGGUGCCACUGCUAAGCAGGAGAAGUACCUCUACAUUGGUGGACCUCUUCUGGCUGGCGCUGCCAUCGUCGCCGCCUCUGGUCUCGCCCCUCUGAUCAUCCCCGCCACCGCCGUCCGAACCCUUGCCUUCACUGAGAGCCUGUGGCUGUACGGUGGUCUCGCUGUCUUCGGUGGCUUCACCCUCUACGACGUCCAGAAGGUUCUGCACCACGCCCGUCUCGCUCAGGCUGGUGUGAUGCGCCGGGAUCCUGUCAACGAGAGCAUCUCCCUUGAGCUCGACUUCCUCAACAUCUUUAUCCGGAUGGUCCAGAUCCUGAUGAUGCAGCAGAACCGACGAAAGUAAGAGGUGGUAAUGGCUUGGGCUUUGCCUGGAUGGUGAUGACCGUGUAUUAUUUUUUGGCAAAAGGAUGGAUUGCUUGGCAAGAGGCUAAUGAACUCCUCUCUUGAUUUGGCCAGAAUGGCCAGUUGAUGGAAAUUCCCAUUUGUAGCUUAGGAACAGGAUUAUUGAAUCAAGAAAUUAGAGCAAUUGCUCCUCGGUGUGUU